GACGCAUAGAUAUGGCAGAUGAAGAUCACACCCCAACUGAAGCAAAAGUUUACUAUUCCAAAUCAAUAUGGUGGUCAAAAACUCCCAAGAGAAGUGACAGUAACAAUAAUGGAGUUAAUGGCUUCUGUUUUGGUGAUGUUAAAGAUUACUAUGGCUAUAACUCCCAAGAAAUAGUGACUCCUGAAAUAUCUGAGUCAUUUGAAGGGAUCAGAGUUUUGAACAACAAUGGUAGAUAUGGAGCUAACAAUAAUGAAAUCUUCAUGGCAGCCGCGGCCUGUGGUGACGAAGAGAAUGGCGAGUACGACCGUUAUUCGAUGGUAUCGUUGUCGGCAGAAAUUGUGGAGAUAGUUGAAGAUGGUAAGAGCAUAACAAACAACAAGAAUAGAGGAGAUGAUGAUCUUCAUGUUGCUGUUGGCAAAGAUGACUUGGAUUUGGUGCAGUGGGUUCUUGAUCAUGUUGUUUCUCCUGGUGCUCGGAUUUUUCUUGUCCAUGUAUCGCCACCGAUCACAAUGAUUCCCACGCCUGUUGGAAAGUUUGAUAGAAGCCAAUUGACCCCUCAACAAGUGAGAUUUUACGUGAAUCAAGUGAACAACAAGAGGAAGGAACUUUUGCAGAAGUAUGUCCAGCUCAUCAAUGAAGCCAAGAUAACUGCUGAAACGUUGCUUCUUGAGAGCAAUGACACAGGAAAAGCCAUUUUAGAUCUCAUCUCUAUACUUAACUUAUCCAACAUUAUCAUAGGAAUGAAAAAGCUACCCUACACAAGGAACAGGCGCAGCAACAAAUUGAGUAGAGGAGAAUUUGUAAAGAAAAAUGCACCAGUGUCCUGUGAAGUUACCUUGGUUUGUCAUGGUGAGGAGUUUGCAGCUACCCCAUACAUGGAUCGAUUUGCAUCCAAAGGCCAAGUUCCAGUGCCAAUGGCAGUAUCACAAAGUAAAGGUCACUCAAGAAACUACUACUUUCCCUGCGCAUGCCUUUUUCCAGGGUGCAUGAAACUAGUGGACAAAUAGUACAUUUCUCAUACUAGCUACCAAAAGCGAAACCUGUCCUUGAAGGGGCAAUUGAUUAAGUACUUCAGAUUCACAAUGUACCAUUCUUCUGAUUUUGAAAUCAGGUCGUUACAUGCUUUGGUCAUGAGGAAUUACAAAGAACUUUCAGAUGAUUUAGAUAUACAGUGUUUUUGGGGGUAUUAGUAUGUAGAAGACGCAUGUCCAUCUUAUGUUUAAUUUGCAUGAGUAAUUAACUA